AUGUUCACACUCAAAAAGCUAUCAUCCCUUCCGUUGCAGUCUGCUCUUCGGAGGAGUGUUUUCGAUUUCCUUAAAUUCAAUGAAGGUUAUUGUGGAUUAUUGGUCGGAAAUUUAUUCUUGAAUGGAGACAGUAUUAAAGAAGGCCAAAUUUAUUCAGGUGAUUACAAGGUUUUUGUUUCUGAUGAAUGCAAACAAUCAAAUGAAUUUAAUCAAGUAGGAGGAGUUUAUUGUCAUUUUGUUGCUGGCAACUUGUUAUUUCAAUUUAACCCACAAAUAGAUGAACAUGUUAAGAAAUCCCUGAUUGAUCAAAUGAUUCAAGAAACACUUCAAGAUGGUAUUCAAUUAACAGGGUAG